AUGACAACAAGCAAGCCAUGCAUGCUGUCACUACUCAUCGCCAAGGACAACUUUGAGGCGCAAGCUUUUGCCCAUUCAUGCAAUCAGGAAACAGCAGUUGCCGGCGCGUUAAAUAGAUUCCACAUUUCCACAGUUAACUGUACCUUGCAAGGACUUGGGCGCAUAGAACUUCAUGCUUAUUCUCCUCGUCAAGGGGAAUCGAAAAAACGUCAAUUUGAUCGAUACAUCUUCAGCAGUUUAGGAGAUUCGUGA